AUGGACUGCGUCGACAACCCUCGUCAUCCGGUGACGAGAGCGCUCGGGGCAUUCCCGCUCGUGUUUGUCGGUUCGGUGUUGGUGUGGGCGUUCUAUUCCUUCGCCUGCUCCAUCAGUAUCGGCUAUGUCCUUCUGCACAGACAGUCUGGCCAGCCCUCGUUCAGAUGGACAGCUGAGAUCAUCAUAUUCUGUACGCUUUGGUUUCUCGCCGUCUUCAGUCUCGUCAAGGUCUGCAAACUCGGGCCUGGCUUUGUGCGAGAGUCAGAUCACUCGAGCACGGUCGCAGACGAGGAGAGCUACUCGCUCGUGCCCAAAGACGCGCUCGAAGACAGGGAAACGCAGCGAAUGGCCAAAGCGGAUGGCUCAAGGAGAUAUUGCCGCAAGUGUCGGCUACACAAGCCAGACAGAGCGCAUCACUGUCGCAUCACCGGUGCAUGCAUCCUCAAGAUGGAUCACUACUGCCCCUUUGUCUUUUGCACGAUCGGUCAUCGUAAUUACAAAGCUUUCAUUCUCUUUCUUGGCUACACUUCAUUCCUCGGCAUCACGACUGCCAUCUCGACCGGUCUGCGAUUGUUGCAGUACGCCGAGGACGCGACUGCGCUCGACUACGAGCUUACCUCUGUCAAUUGGGCCUUGCUACUCUUGAUCGCAGCAAUGUUCAGCUUGAUCAUCGUCGCUUUCACAGCACAUCACCUCUACAUGAUCAGCAAGAAUCGCACGACGAUAGAAAACGUCGAGCGGACCAACAGACUGCGACUGGACGAGUCAUCGAGCGAGGCGCGCAGAUGGCGAGAUGAUAACAUGCUCACGCGCGACGAGCGACGUAAGCUAAGAAAGGCAGCUGCGAAGGCCAACAUAUACGAUCUUGGCGCGAAAGAGAACUUCAAGCAAGUCUUUGGGCCUUGGUCGUGGCGAUGCUUUGAUCCUCGUGUGCCUACACCCGGCGACGGCUUACAUUUCCCGGUCAACCAUGAGCACCAUGCUCGGCUUCAGAGCCUGACAGAGGCAAUACGACUAAGGGUCGAUGAGAAUCAUGUAUAA